AUGAAUGUUCAAGCUCUUCAGGAUUAUCUUACAGUGAGAGGAAUAUCGGUGAGUGGAUACAAAAAAGCAGAAUUGAUUGCACGAGCAUUUUCCCCCGCGGAAAUGGAUCUUCCAAUCAUUAUGAGUUGUGAUGAACAAACUAAAGUUUUAAAAAAUGACUAUGCGAAAAAACUUGAUGAGUUUGGUUUACCAGAUCCGAAGCUAAUCUCAGAGGAUCAGAAAAUUGAUAAUUUGACUACCUGGCCACCAGUCACUUUGGGACAAAUUUUUCAGUACAUACUUAACAAAAGGGAAUUCGACACUGAGUAUAUCGGCAAAUACAAGGACCAAAAAGCAUACAGCUAUUUUGACAGCGGCUUUGUUGGAGAAAUACUGACGAAUAAGACAGGCCCUUUCAUAAUUUUACUUUGUAAUGUAAGAGCGUCCAUGUCUAUAAAUGAAGAAAAAGACCUUUGGGUUGCAACACAACCUGAUGGUAAAGUUCUUACUGCUUGGUGCUCUUGUAUGGCAGGUACCAGUGGAUGUUGCAAUCAUAUAAUAGCAACAUUGUACAAAGUAGAAUAUGCUAACUCUCAAGGAUUUUGUUCUCCUGCUUGCACCUCUAUUCCCUGUGGAUGGAAUAAGUCAACAAAAACUAUUAUUGAACCUAAAAAGAUUGCUGACAUUGUUGUCAGAAAAAAACUAAGGUCAAAACAAGCUACCCGUUCAAAUAGGGAAGAAGUUAGGAUGGCUGAAUUGAAUAAGUUUGACCCCAGGGAAAAAUUGCAACAAAAUAUGACUAAUGAGCGUUUGACACUUUUAUUAAAUGGAAUACAAAAGUCUAAUCCAACUGCUGUACUUUUUAAGUCUAUCGAGGGAAUGUCUAUUGAUUCAGUGACAUGUCAUAAUUUAACUGUGAUAAAUAUAGCAAAUGAGGUCUCAAUUGGUUGUCAAGAUAAAGAUGAAAAGAUGACAACACUUUUAAAAAAACUUUGUUUCUCUGAAAAAGAAUGCGCAGCUGUUGAGAGAUGCACACGAAACCAAUCAAACUCUAAGGAAUGGAUUGAACAUCGAAAAGGACGACUGACAGCUUCAAAACACCAUGAAUAUUAUACCAAAAUUAACACAAUAAUGAAAACCAGAACUCCUGUCAAACCAAAGACUACUCCAUUAGUUUCAAGUUUAUUGUGCCAAGACAAAAAGUUGGACAAAGUUGCAGCUGUCCAAUGGGGGAAAUGCAGAGAAGAAGAAGCACUUAAAGAGUUCUAUGCUCUAGAAGCAACAAAACAUAUUGACUUCAAGCUUGAGAAAAGUGGACUCUAUUUGGACAAAAAUAGGGCAUACAUUGGUGCAUCCCCAGAUGGAAUACUGUACUGCAAAUGCCACGGUAAAGCUGUCAUUGAAAUAAAGUGCCCAUUCAGUAUAAAGGAUAGUAAAAUAGCUGAUGGAUAUGGAAAGUGUGACUUUCUGACAUUGGAAGAUGAUUCAAUUGUUCUUAAGACAAGUCACAAGUAUUACACACAAAUUAAUUCCCAGAUUGCUCUAAGCAAUUCUACAUGUGGAUAUUUUGUUGUCUGGACAUCCCAAGACAUUCUUGUGCAAAACAUUGAGUUCAACAAAAAUCAUUGGGAAGCUGUAUCUACAAACUUGGAAAUAUUUUUUAAAAGUUAUGUGGCUGAGAGAAUUUUGAGAUUGAACUCUAUCGAGUUUUGUGGAUCAUGUGAAAAAGUACUAUUUGAAGAAAAUGAAAUUGCAGAGAAUGAACUUGAUCUUAGAAGUAUUUGUUGUGACCAGUGUAAUUGCUGGUAUCACCUGAAGUGUCAAGGGCUUGAUGAUGUUGUGGAUGGAGAAUGGUUGUGUUUACUUUGUUUAACAAACAUUUCUGUUAAUUGA